AUGCGAAUUCCUCGCGAAGAGAAAAGAUACUGGGUAGCUCUUGUUGGCAGACAAUCUCUUGAGCUUGCCUUCACCAAUUAUCGCUUCUGGGAGUCAAUUGGUUUGGCUGCUGGAUUUGCCAUGUCUCGAUUAUUUUCCGUCGAAGUGGUGCUGAUCACACUGUUCUGUCUUUUGCUGCUCGGCAUGAUAGGCUACUGUGCAAUAGAGCUCUACGAUGAUGUUAGGACAGGCCAUCCACUUCCUCCACCGAUGCCUGCGUCAGAAGAUAAUACCAAACUUCAUAAAACAGAAGAAAUUGGACGAGACCUUGGGCAAAGCAAGAGGCGAUCAACGACUACAGGCACUCGAAUCGCAUAUCCUACGAAUGGCGAUGAGGAGCAAGCGAGACUAUAUGUAUACUUUGCUCAACAAGUGUGUAUCUAA